AUGCCCAAUCCCGCCGGUUUCAAGUACCCUCCCCAAAAGGUGUCGUGGCUCAAGCGCGAUGCGCUGCUCUUUGCCAACUCCAUCGGCGCCACGUCCGACGAGCUGCACUUUCUCUAUGAACUGCACCCCGAAUUCUCCGUCUUCCCGACGUACCCCAUCGUCCUGCCUUUCAAGAAAACCACCCAGGAAGUCGUCGAUUUCUACGCCGCCGAAACGGCCGUCAAGAUCCCCGGCGCCCCGGCCCUCGAUGCCAAGCGCGUGCUCGACGGCCAGCGUCUCAUGCGCUUCCUGAAGCCCCUGCCGCCGACGUCGGAAGGCCGCUCGUUUGAGCUGCGCACGACGGUCGUCGGCGUCUACGACAAGGGCCGCCCGGGCACGGUGGUCGAGACGCAGACCGAUCUCGUCGACGCCGCGACGGGCGAGGUGUACUCGCAGGCCGUCGGCUCGGCCUUUUACGUCGGCCAGGGCGGCUGGAGCGGCCCCAAGGGCCCGGCCACCGUCAACUACCCGCCGCCCUCGCCCCGCCGCGCCCCGGACGUGUCGUUUGUCGACCAGACGUCCCAGGAGACGGCCCUGCUGUACCGCCUCAACGGCGACUACAACCCGCUGCACGCGACCCCCGAGCCGGGCGUCCAGAUGGGCUUCGGCGGUCCCAUCAUCCACGGCCUCUACUCGUUCAACUCGACGGCCCACCUGCUGCUCAAGCACCUCGGCGGCAGCGACCCGGCCAACAUCCGCGAGUACCAGGCGCGCUUUGCGAGCCCCGUGCGGCCCGGCGACAAGCUGGUGACGUCGGCGUGGCGGACGGGCGACGUCAACGGCGAGGGCUUCGAGGAGAUUCGGUUUGAGACCCGGAUCGAGGGCGGCAAGGUGUGCCUCAGCAACGGCCGUGCGCUGAUCAAGGUCGUCGCUGCCAAGAGCAAGCUGUAG